AGUCCCCAGUGGGCCGCCAUGUUGUCGGAGUGAAAGGUAAGGGGGAGCGAGAGCGCUGGAGAGAGAAGAUCGGGGGGCUGAAAUCCAUCUUCAUCCUACCGCUCCGCCCGUGUUGGUGGAAUGAGCGUUGCAUGUGUCUUGAAGAGAAAAGCAGUGCUUUGGCAGGACUCUUUCAGCCCCCACCUGAAACAUCACCCUCAAGAACCAGCUAAUCCCAACAUGCCUGUUGUUUUGACAUCUGGAACAGGGUCGCAAGCGCAGCCACAACCAGCUGCAAAUCAGGCUCUUGCAGCUGGGACACACUCCAGCCCUGUCCCAGGAUCCAUAGGAGUUGCAGGCCGUUCCCAGGACGACGCUAUGGUGGACUACUUCUUUCAGAGGCAGCAUGGUGAGCAGCUUGGGGGAGGAGGAAGUGGUGGAGGCGGCUAUAAUAAUAGCAAACAUCGAUGGCCUACUGGGGAUAACAUUCAUGCAGAACAUCAGGUACGUUCUAUGGAUGAACUGAAUCAUGAUUUUCAAGCACUUGCUCUGGAGGGAAGAGCGAUGGGAGAGCAGCUCUUGCCAGGUAAAAAGUUUUGGGAAACAGAUGAAUCCAGCAAAGAUGGACCAAAAGGAAUAUUCCUGGGUGAUCAAUGGCGAGACAGUGCCUGGGGAACAUCAGAUCAUUCAGUUUCCCAGCCAAUCAUGGUGCAGAGAAGACCUGGUCAGAGUUUCCAUGUGAACAGUGAGGUCAAUUCUGUACUGUCCCCACGGUCGGAGAGUGGGGGACUAGGCGUUAGCAUGGUGGAGUAUGUGUUGAGCUCAUCCCCGGGCGAUUCCUGUCUAAGAAAAGGAGGAUUUGGCCCAAGGGAUGCAGACAGUGAUGAAAACGACAAAGGUGAAAAGAAGAACAAGGGUACGUUUGAUGGAGAUAAGCUAGGAGAUUUGAAGGAGGAGGGUGAUGUGAUGGACAAGACCAAUGGUUUACCAGUGCAGAAUGGGAUUGACGCAGACGUCAAAGAUUUUAGCCGUACCCCUGGUAAUUGCCAGAACUCUGCUAAUGAAGUGGAUCUUCUGGGUCCAAACCAGAAUGGUUCUGAGGGCUUAGCCCAGCUGACCAGCACCAAUGGUGCCAAGCCUGUGGAGGAUUUCUCCAACAUGGAGUCCCAGAGUGUCCCCUUGGACCCCAUGGAACAUGUGGGCAUGGAGCCUCUUCAGUUUGAUUAUUCAGGCACGCAGGUACCUGUGGACUCAGCAGCAGCAACUGUGGGACUUUUUGACUACAAUUCUCAACAACAGCUGUUCCAAAGACCUAACGCACUUGCUGUCCAGCAGUUGACAGCCGCUCAGCAGCAGCAGUAUGCGCUGGCAGCCGCGCAUCAGCCCCACAUCGGUAUGUUUUCAGCAGGUUUAGCUCCCGCUGCGUUUGUCCCCAAUCCAUACAUCAUCAGUGCCGCGCCCCCAGGGACGGACCCCUACACAGCUGGAUUGGCUGCAGCAGCGACACUAGGCCCAGCUGUGGUCCCUCACCAGUAUUAUGGAGUUACUCCUUGGGGAGUCUACCCUGCCAGUCUUUUCCAGCAGCAAGCUGCUGCUGCCGCCGCAGCAACAAAUUCUGCUAAUCAGCAGACCACCCCACAGGCUCAGCAGGGGCAGCAGCAGGUUCUUCGAGGAGGAGCCAGCCAACGCCCUUUGACCCCAAAUCAGAACCAGCAGGGACAACAAACAGAUCCGCUAGUGGCAGCAGCAGCAGUGAAUUCUGCCCUUGCUUUUGGACAAGGUCUAGCUGCAGGCAUGCCAGGUUAUCCAGUCUUGGCUCCCGCUGCUUACUAUGACCAAACUGGUGCCCUUGUGGUGAAUGCAGGAGCGAGAAAUGGUCUUGGAGCUCCCGUUCGACUUGUAGCUCCUGCCCCAGUCAUCAUUAGUUCCUCAGCUGCACAAGCAGCUGUUGCAGCAGCUGCAGCUUCAGCAAAUGGAGCGGCCGGUGGUCUUGCUGGAACAACAAAUGGACCAUUUCGCCCUUUAGGAACCCAGCAGCCUCAGCCCCAGCCCCAGCAGCAGCCCAGUAACAACCUGGCAUCCAGUUCUUUCUAUGGCAACAACUCUCUGAGCAGCAAUUCACAGAGCAGCUCCCUCUUCUCCCAGGGCUCUGCCCAGCCUGCCAACACAUCCUUGGGAUUUGGAAGUAGCAGUUCUCUCGGCGCCACACUGGGAUCAGCCCUUGGAGGGUUUGGAACAGCAGUUGCAAACUCCAACACUGGCAGUGGCUCCCGCCGUGACUCCCUGACUGGCAGCAGUGACCUUUAUAAGAGGACAUCGAGCAGCUUGACCCCCAUUGGACACAGUUUUUAUAACGGCCUUAGCUUUUCCUCCUCUCCUGGACCCGUGGGCAUGCCUCUCCCUAGUCAGGGACCAGGACAUUCACAGACACCACCUCCUUCCCUCUCUUCACACGGAUCCUCUUCAAGCUUAAACCUGGGAGGACUCACAAAUGGCAGUGGAAGAUACAUCUCUGCUGCUCCAGGCGCUGAAGCCAAGUACCGCAGUGCAAGCAGUGCCUCCAGCCUCUUCAGCCCCAGCAGCACCCUUUUUUCCUCCUCCCGUUUGCGAUAUGGAAUGUCUGAUGUCAUGCCCUCUGGCAGGAGCAGGCUUUUGGAAGAUUUUCGAAAUAACCGGUAUCCCAAUUUACAACUGCGGGAGAUUGCUGGGCAUAUAAUGGAGUUUUCCCAAGACCAGCAUGGGUCCAGAUUCAUUCAGCUGAAACUUGAGCGUGCCACACCAGCUGAGCGCCAGCUUGUCUUCAAUGAAAUCCUCCAGGCUGCUUACCAGCUUAUGGUGGAUGUAUUUGGAAAUUACGUCAUUCAGAAGUUCUUUGAAUUUGGCAGCCUUGAGCAGAAGCUGGCUUUGGCAGAACGGAUUCGAGGCCAUGUCUUGUCAUUGGCGCUACAGAUGUAUGGCUGCCGUGUUAUCCAGAAAGCUCUUGAGUUUAUUCCCUCAGACCAGCAGGUAAUUAAUGAGAUGGUUCGGGAACUAGAUGGCCACGUCCUAAAGUGUGUGAAAGACCAGAAUGGCAAUCAUGUGGUUCAAAAAUGCAUUGAAUGUGUGCAGCCCCAGUCUUUGCAAUUUAUCAUCGAUGCAUUUAAGGGACAGGUGUUUGCUUUGUCCACGCAUCCUUAUGGCUGCCGAGUGAUUCAGAGGAUCCUGGAGCACUGUCUCCCUGACCAGACACUCCCUAUUUUAGAGGAGCUUCACCAGCACACAGAGCAACUUGUACAGGAUCAAUAUGGGAAUUAUGUAAUCCAGCAUGUAUUGGAGCAUGGUCGUCCUGAGGAUAAAAGUAAAAUUGUAGCAGAAAUUCGAGGCAAUGUACUUGUAUUGAGUCAGCACAAAUUUGCAAGCAAUGUUGUGGAGAAGUGUGUCACUCACGCCUCCCGUACGGAGCGCGCUGUGCUUAUCGAUGAGGUGUGCACCAUGAAUGACGGUCCUCACAGUGCCUUAUACACCAUGAUGAAGGACCAGUACGCCAACUACGUGGUCCAGAAGAUGAUCGAUGUGGCAGAGCCAGCCCAGCGGAAGAUCGUCAUGCAUAAGAUCCGGCCCCACAUCGCGACUCUUCGCAAGUACACUUACGGCAAGCACAUUCUGGCCAAGCUGGAGAAGUACUACAUGAAGAACGGCGUCGACUUGGGGCCCAUCUGUGGCCCCCCCAAUGGUAUUAUCUGAGGCAGUGUCACCCCUGUCCCCUCGUUCCCACUGACCUCACUGGCCCACUGGUGAAUCCAACCAGCAACCAGAGAUGUUCUAAUGUAGAAUCUGAAAUGGGAAAAUGGUUGCUCCAGGAUUAUCCUCUCCUCCAAAAAAAGGAAUCAAAUCCACAAGUGGAAAGCCUUUGUAAAUUUGUUUAAUUUUAUUACGCAUAACAUGUACUAAUUAUUUUUUUUAAUUGACUAAUUGCCCUGUUGUUUUACUGGUGUAUAGGAUACUUGUACAUAGGUAACCAAUGUACAUGGGAGGCCACAUAUUUUGUUCAAUGUUGUAUCUAUAUUCCACAUGUGGAAACUUUCAGGGUGGUUGGUUUAACAAAAAAAAGUUUAAAAAAAAGAAAAAAAAAAGGUUUUUAACUCAUUUGCCUCGCCGGCAAGUUUUGCAAAUAGCUCUUCCCCACCUCCUCAUUUUAGUAAAAAACAAAAACAAACAAAAAAACCUGAGAAGUUUGAAUUUUAGUUAAAUGACCCCAAACUGGCAUUUAACAAUGUUUAUAAAAUAUAUAUAUAAAUAUAUAUAUAUAUAUAAAAUGAAAAUCAUUUCAGAGUUGCUAAAGCUUCAGUUUAUAACAUUAAGUUUAUGAAACUUCUAAAAAUUGCCUUUUUUGGAGCCUAUUAUGCCGAAGAAGAUAAUGUAGCCUGUUUUGUGAGGAGGAGAUGGGGGCGCCCUGAAUGCCUUUCAAGGCCGGGCGGGUGUAAUUGUUUACUGCCUACUGGAUUUUUUUCUGUUAACAUUGAAAGGCAAAAAUCUGAUUAUUUAGCAUGAGGAAAAAAAAAAAAAAUCCAAUUCUGCUUUUGGUCUUGCUUCUAUAAAUAUAUAGUGUAUACUUGGUGUAGACUUUGCAUAUAUACAAAUUUGUAGUAUUUUCUUGUUUUGAUGUCUAAUCUGUAUCUAUAAUGUACCCUAGUAGUCGAACAUACUUUUGAUUGUACAAUUGUACAUUUGUAUACCUGUACUGUAAAUGUGGAGAAGUAUGAAUCAACAUAAACACGUUUUUUGGUAAGAAAAAAAAAUUAGCCAGCCCUGUGCAUUCAGUGUAUAUUCACACCUUUUAUGGUCGUAGCAUAUAGUGUUGUAUAUUGUAAAUUGUAAUUUCAACCAGAAGUAAAUUUUUUUUUCUUUUGAAGGAAUAAAUGUUCUUUAUACAGCCUAGUUAACUUUUAAAAAGAAAAAAAUAGCUUGGUUUUAUUUGUCACCUAGUCAGAUAGUAGCAAGAUCCUUUCUAAAUGUUAUUCAAGAUGAUUCAGUUCACACUAGUGGGUUUUUUUUUUUUUUUUAAUCCUAAAAGUAAUGUUUUGCUUAUUUUGUGACAGUCAAGAGGACGUGCAAAGUUGAGCCCUGCCCUAACUUUCCUUACAAUCAGAGCCCCUCUCACCUUGUAAAGUGUGAAUUGCCCUUCCUUUUUGUACAGAAGAUGAACUGUAUUUUGCAUUUUGUCUACUUGUAAGUGAAUGUAACAUACUGUCAAUUUUCCUUGUUUGAAUAUAGAAUUGUAACACUACACGGUGUACAUUUCCAGAGCCUUGUGUAUAUUUCCAAUGAACUUUUUUGCAAGCACACUUGUAACCAUAUGUGUAUAAUUAACAAACCUGUGUAUGCUUAUGCCUGGGCAACUAUUUUUUGUAACUCUUGUGUAGAUUGUCUCUAAACAAUGUGUGAUCUUUAUUUUGAAAAAUACAGAACUUUGGAAUCUGA